AUGUGUUGAACGUGUGGAACUGAUAAUAAAACGAUCAACAAGUGCAGUGAAAAGAACCAAAAAAUAAUAUUCACAAAUAAAAGAAAUACAACGCGACGAAAGUUAAAACGUUAAUAGCACACGUGCUUAACCCACAUUGCCGGCUUUUGGGAGAGAAGAAACUAAAAAAAAGUGUUAAAUAAAAAAAAAAACGAAAGACUUACGAAACAAACUUGAAGUAGAUUGUGUGUUUGAACUUUGCAGGUGACGUGCUGCACUUUGGCCAGCCAACACGAGGCUCUAAAAAUAAUUAAGGCCAAGUUAAAAGAGAAAAAGAAACCAAACGAAAACAAAACGAUCAUCGCAAUCUGCGUGGGCAGUCGCAACGUUCCACUUUAUUGCUUCGACGACCGUAAUUGGAUUAAGUUUGCAGCUUUUUGGUGUUUGCGUGCGAAAAUCGACGCAAAAACGCAUUUAAAGAAGUCAUUAGUAGCUACAGCGACGACCAACGGCCAAGUGGCAACGUGCAACGUCAACAAAAUGAUUUUAAGAAUACUUGUGCUGGGUCUGCUGAGUAUUGCACAGGCGCAAUACCAUCAAUUUGCGGCGCCACAGCACUCCGCCCAUGGCUCGGACUGUGCCCUGCUGCUGGCCGGACCGGGUCGUUCUUCGGUCUAUGACUAUAAUGUGAAUCUGUUUCGCGGCACGCAUAAUCCAUACAACAGCGGUGCUGGCACUUGUAUCACCUAUGAUGCCAUCAAUGCGGCCUAUUCGGAUGCACGCAAGCGUAUACGUGUGGCCGAGCCCAAGUCCGACUGGAAGCCUGAGGAACUGGCCACCGUGGGCGAGCUACUGCUCGAUAUAUCCAUACAAUUGGCGCGAACCUAUGGCCUGUCCUAUGAGGAAAUCGAGAAGGGUCUGCCCACAAUUGACACAUCCAAGACGCUGAUUCGUGAGGUCUGUCCGCCGUUCUUUGCCGGCGUCGAGUGCCGACCGGGAAAAUAUCGUCGUUUUGAUGGCCUCUGCAACAAUAUCGAGCAUCCCACUUGGGGUGCGGCCAAUUCACCGUUCCAGCGUCUGAUUGGCCCACUCUACGCGGAUGGCAUCAACGCACCGCGCAUUUCGUUAACCGGUCGCGAUUUGCCCUAUUCGCGUGUGGUCUCGCGCACAAUGCAUCCCGAUGAUGGGUAUCAUGAUCACGCCGGCACCGUUAUGGUCAUUGCCUGGGGUCAGUUCAUGGAUCACGACUUUACGCUGACGGGCACACCUUUGGAUCCCGUCAAUCGCAACGAUCCAGAGGAGUGCUGCAAGCGUCCCCUACAUCUGAAGCAUCCAUAUUGUAAUGAGAUACGCAUCCCCGAUGACGAUUACUUCUAUCGCCUCUUUAAUGUCAAGUGUAUUGAUUUCGUGCGUGGAUUCCCAUCGCCGAGGCCAGGCUGUCGCUUGGGUUCUCGCCAGCAAUUUAAUACGUUGACUGGUGUCAUUGAUGCCAACACUGUCUAUGGUGUUAAGGAAUCGUUUGCACGCAAACUGCGUACUGGCUAUGGCGGUCUGAUGCGCAUGAAUCCUGUGUUCCAGGAGUAUGGCCUGAAGGAUUUGCUGCCUCUUAAGCUGGACAUUCCCGAUGAGGGCUGCACACGACCCAAUAAGAGCAUGUACUGCUUUGAGGGUGGCGAGAUUCGCGUCAAUGAGCAACUGGUGCUAACCUGUAUGCACACGCUAAUGGCGAGGGAGCAUAAUCGUCUGGCCACCGGACUAUCGCAGGUCAAUCAGCACUGGGAUGACGAGACGUUGUUCCAGGAGGCACGACGCAUCAAUAUUGCCAUUGUGCAGCAUGUGACAUAUAAUGAGUUCCUACCCAUUUUGCUGGGUAAGGAGGUGAUGGAGAAGUUUGGCCUGGUGCUGCAGAAGGAUGGCUACUGGGACGGAUAUGAGUCGACUGUGAAUCCGGGCAUAAUUGACUCAUUUGCUGGUGCUGCUUUCCGCUUUGGGCAUUCUCUGCUGCCCACUGCUGUGGAGCGCUGGUCAAAGGCACACAAAUUUAUAGCCUCCAAGCGAUUGUCGGACCUGAUUCGUCGUCCCUAUGAUUUGUAUAGAGCUGGCGUACUGGACGAAUACUUUAUGGGUCUGAUGAAUCAGGUGGCACAAGCAAUGGAUGACUCCAUUACCCAAGAGGUGACCAAUCAUCUGUUUAAGAAGGAGGGCGCCCGCUUCGGCAUGGACCUCGUCUCAUUCAACAUGCAACGUGGCCGUGAAUUCGGAAUACCCGGCUAUAUGGAGUUCCGCAAGUUCUGCGGACUGCCCACCUCCAAUACCUGGGACGAGAUGUACGGCUCCAUGCCCAAUGAGACUGUGUUGCGUUAUGGCAGCAUAUUCGAGCAUCCUGGUGACAUUGACUUGUGGUCUGGUGGUGUGUCGGAGAAGUCACUGCCUGGCUCCAUGCUGGGACCGACAUUUGCUUGUGUGAUUGCCACACAGAUGAGCUACUUGCGACGCGGCGAUCGCUUCUGGUAUGAGUUGCCCAAUCAGCCAUCGUCCUUUACGCCCGAACAGUUGCAGGAGAUACGCAAGGCGAAACUCUCCCGUUUGAUUUGUGACAAUACCGAUUUGAUUGAUACCGUUCAAAUCUAUCCAAUGGUUUUGCCCGAUCAUGAAAUUAAUCCACGCGUGCCAUGCAAGAGCGGCAUUAUACCCUCUAUCGAUCUGAGCAAAUGGGCAGACUUUGGGGGUCAUGGUGUGGACUCGUCUGUCUAUAACUAUAUCAAUGAAAUUCCCGACACGCUGCUCAACUUUAGAAAAUAAAGAAAAUCAUUUGGUUGAAUGGUUUUCGCAUAACUCUAUACAUUUGGCAAUGAAGACAACUUUAAAUCCUGUGCAUACAUUUCCCAGUUCUACAUUCUGCACCAACCAUCGACACUUAGAAACUAACUAUACCUAGUCUUUACUAUCAAUACUGAAACGCAUCUUUCGCUUGAAAAGCAUCCUUAAGCCUGUCUGUUGUAGUUUCACACUGCCAUUUUCUAUAGUGAUUUCCAACAUUUCCAUGCAUUA